GCUCGGCCUCUCCUCUCCAUCACGAAAAGAGCCAGCGGAGCUCUCGGCGCGCCCCACCUCCGCUUCCACCGCAUUGGUCCGCGGCCGAAGGCGCCGAGCGCGGCCGCGCCGCCUCCUCCCGAGUCGCGCCGGAGAUCCCCGGCCGAGCCCGCGCUUCUUGCUUGCGCUACCUGGUUGCCAGCAUGGCAGGAAAAGCCCACCGACUGAGCGGUGAAGAGAGAGAACAGCUCCUGCCAAAUCUCAGAGCGGUAGGAUGGAACGAGGUGGAAGGCAGAGAUGCUAUCUACAAGGAGUUCCAUUUCAAGGACUUCAAUCGGGCCUUUGGAUUUAUGACCAGAGUAGCUCUACAAGCAGAAAAACUGGAUCAUCAUCCUGAAUGGUUUAAUGUUUACAACAAAGUUCAUAUAACCUUAAGCACGCACGAGUGUGCUGGCUUAUCUGAGCGGGACAUCAACUUGGCCAGUUUCAUAGAGCAAGUUGCAAACACGCUAGCCUAAAGUGCCCACCCCAUCUUUGUCUGUCAAGGUAGCUCCUAAGCCAGUGUUGUCCAAACUUGGCCACUUUAAGAUGAGUGGACUUCAACUCCCAGAAUUCCCCCAAUUAAUUCUGCAUCUUAAGCUGCCAGAAGGUAUCAUAAGUAAUCUAGCCUCACUAUCCAGUUAAUAUGGGAGAACCCAUCUUUUUGUAGAGGCAUUGUAUUUGCUUACUGUACAGUCACACAUCCCAACAGGCACCAGUGCUGUGAAUUCAUUUGUUAUCCAUUAUUAAUCUGUCUUGUCACAAUAUCUGUCUCUAGGGCUCUUUAGUCUGUAACCAUGCUAAGCAGUAUUAAGUUGGUGUAGAAGUCAACUGUGGUUGUCAGUUUUAAUAAAGCCCGUUCUUACACAA